CAGCGAUACGUUCAAGUUGUUCCGUUGUUUUCUCGGCUUUAGGUUAUGUUCGACUAAGAAUAAACUCGUCCUCUUGGCAAGCUUACGUGUUUCAUUCUCGAGGUAAUUAAAUAUUGUUCUUCUAUUAAUUAGAGAGAUGCCAAAAGUACGAAGAAGCAAAAAACCUCCACCAGAUGGUUGGGAACUUAUCGAGCCAACUUUAGAGGAAUUGGAACAGAAGAUGCGAGAAGCUGAAACGGAACCUCACGAAGGCAAGCGGAAACAGGAAUCUUUAUGGCCGAUAUUUAAAAUUCAUCAUCAAAAAUCUCGAUACAUAUACGAUUUGUAUUACAGGCGGAAAGCCAUUAGUCGUGAAUUGUACGACUAUUGCUUGAACGAAAACAUAGCGGAUAAAAACUUGAUCGCCAAAUGGAAGAAAGUCGGAUACGAAAACUUGUGUUGUUUACGUUGCAUACAAACGAGAGACACAAAUUUUGGUACAAACUGCAUUUGUCGGGUACCGAAAGGGAAACUUGAAGAGGGUAGAAUAGUGGAAUGCAUUCACUGCGGUUGCAGAGGCUGUUCGGGAUAACGUUUGCCAUUCGCGAAGAGCCCUUUAUUUUUAUUCUUCUCGUUAACGUUUGUUACGUAAUUCUGUAGAAACAUUACCGAGGAUCGACGAAAGCAUCCGCUCGAGGAUUUCUAUGGCACUGUCAGCCACUAAUCGCACAUUUUGCACCUUAACAUUCAUUGUGCGACUAUUUGAAACACCGCGUGCGCACAGGUGAAUGAAACAACAUCUUGAUCUUUCAUGAUCAUUUAUGCGCAACAGGAGAGGUAUUUUCUACUUAAUCGUGUGAUUAAACUAAGUUGGUCGUUUGAGCUGAAAUGUGACACGAUAAAAACUAAAUAAAGCAAGAAUAACAAAGGUAAA